CCUACGGUGGGACCCCAAUAAUUUUGUUGCAAUUUUAUUUUUCAUCAAAAUUGAAUUUUUUUUAAAAAAAGUCUUUUGCUAUAAAUCCAACCCCACCCCCCUCAAUAUAAACCACACACUAAAAAAAAGGAGAUCCAACUUUCUCCCCCCCUCUUCCAUUUCAACACCUGCAACUCCCACUUCUCCAUCUCCAUAGACUUUCUUUUUUCUUCUUCACUUCAUAUUUUAUAUUUUAAGAAAAAAAAAAAUGGAUUAUGAGAUUUCUGGUGGGGAUUCAGAAUGUAGCAGUGGGUGUGAGUCUGGAUGGACUGUCUACUUCGAGAAUUCAUAUGUUUCUCCUCAUCAUCAUCCUUGUCAUGAUGAUGAUGACGAUGGUGCUUUUCUUCCCAUGAAAUCCGGGCUCUGUCGCAAAAGCCAUUACGAGGAAGAAGAAGAAGAGGAAGAUUUGUCUAUGGUUUCCGAUGCGUCUUCGGGUCCGCCCCAUUUCGCCGAGGAAGACGACUGUGGAAAUUACGGUUGCGGUUACGGUCACGGCGGCCGAGAGUAUGGCCGCCGUGCUCCCCUGCUCAGUGCUCCCCCAUUGAUGAAUAGGAGCAAUGGGAAGGUGCAGAGGAGCAUGGAGGAGAACAGGCGGUAUCAGAAGAGUGUGGGAGCAGAAGAACCGGCUUCCGCUCUCGACGAUACCGCCAGCUCUCCCUUCUUGGCCUUGAUGAAUAAUAAUUUCGCAAUCAACGGCCAGGCUGAGAAUGGGGUUUUGGAUUUUUCACAGGGAUUCUCCACAAAUAAUUUUGUGUGCCAAGAACAAUAUGGUUUCUAUCAUCCAUCUCAAAUUCCAGGAAACCAGUGGUUUGAGGAAAAGAAGUGGGAAUGAUGGGAGGAAAAAUGAACAGUGUAGAAGGAAAUGAAGUUUUGGAAUUGAA